GGCUUGUCACCUGUCCGUCGCUCUGUGCUGAUGUGUCUGCGCUCGGUUGGGGGAAAGUCUGAGCGGAGGCCGCAAGCUUGUGACGGACGAUGGGUCGCCGCGGAGCCGCCGAGUUGUACCGCGCGCCCUUCCCGCUCUACACCGUCAGCGUCCCGCGGGCCGGCCUGGUGGUGACCGCGGGCGGCGGCGGCGCCUCCAAGACCGGCAUCAGCAACGGGGUGCAUUUCCUGCGGUUGGAGCGAGUGGCUGGCAGCUUGUCGGCCACACUGAUCCAUUGCCAUGACACGGAAACACGAGCCCCCAUGAACAUGGCAGUGGCCGGAAAUGUUCUGGCCGUGGGGCAAGAUGCCACUUGUCAUGUACUUCGCUUCCAAGAAGAAAAAGAGAAAACUGCGCCGAGAAAGAACAGCAAAAAAGAUGACACAGUGAAGAAGGCAGAGACGAAGAAACGGAGACAAGCCAAUAAAACGGCAUGUAAUGCAGGUGGGGACACGCAGAAGGAGACGUCGGAGAUAACGGUGGAAGCACUUCAUGUUGUGCACACGGACCUAAGCACAGAUGCCCUGCAGAAAUGUGUUCGGUUUAACCAGGCCCACUCCCUUCUCGCAACCGGUGGUGUGGAUGGAUACAUUCGGGUGUGGGAGUUUCCCAGUAUGAAGAAGUGUUUUGACUUCCAAGCUCAUGAAGCAGAGGUUGAAGACUUGGACAUCAGUCCUGACAAUAAGAUAGUGACGGUGGGACGAGACUUCAAGUGCUGUGUCUGGAAAAAUGACCAGUUGGUGACAAACUUAUGCUGGAAUGAGAACAUGCCUCAGAUUACUGAGAAGAUGUACCGAUACCAGGCAUGCAGAUUUGGGAAGGUUGAGGAUAAUAAGGAAGCUCUCCGCCUUUACACUGUGCAGAUCCCACAUAAACGAGAACGAAAGCCCCUUCAGUGCUACAUCAGCAAAUGGGAUGGAAAUACCUUCCUGCCGCUUCUCACUCGCGAUUGUGGCAACGAAGUGAUCUCCGCAAUGUCAGUCAGUGAACUGGGAACAUUUGUAGGUCUUGGCACCGUGACUGGAUCAGUCGCUAUCUACAUUGCAUUCUCACUCCAGCAAGUUUAUUAUGUGAAAGAAACGCAUGGGAUUGUGGUGACGGACUUGGCCUUUUUACCUGAUGUUCGCCAAACCAGGGAGGUGACAGGAGAGACUGAGGCUGCAUUGCUGAGUGUGGCUGUGGACAGCCGAUGCAAGUUACAUCUGGUUCCAAGCCGGCAAAUGUUCCCAGUCUGGGUGGUCUUGCUGCUGUGUGGACUGAUCAUCGUGAUGACAAUCCUCCUCUUGCAGCACCUGUUUCCUGGACUCUUGUAAUCUUCCUUCCUGGAAGGAUGGUGCUGCCCGACUUUCAUGUUAUCUUGAUAUGACUGGGCUGGAGCAGCCACAUUGUGGCCCCUCAACACUCCUCGUGCAGCCGGGCGUCUGUGAACUGGUCAACCCCGUGUCCAGGGAGAGGUUUCACCGUCUGCACAGCAUGGAUCUGCUGUUCACACUAACUCCCCCUCAGCAGUAAACUCCAGAUCCAAAUAAGUUUCCUCUGAUUUUGUGCAUCUUUCCAUGAACCAAUCCCUCUCUGUGUUCCUUCUCUCACUGUCAUUAAAUUAGCUCUUGAUUUUGUAUGUCAUCCAUAACAUCAGUGGGAUUCUGACACAUACAGGAAGAGAACUUCCAUACAGUCGAUGCUGAGUUGUGUAGGUCUUGCCAGUGACUGACUCUGGUGCCAGGGCUGAUGCAGGCACAUGUGCAAUGUAUGUUUCUGUGUGCAGAGUGCAGCAUCAGGCGGCAGAGACACCACGGUUCAGCUAAACCCCUAUUUACGUGGAAGUAAUCAUGCUGAAUGAUCGCGGCAGAGGCACAUCAGUUGUGAUUUUAAAAAACUGCUUACAAAAGGGAGUGAAUUCUCCCCACAUACACUCAUCGUCAUUUUGCUACCACAUUCCCCACCAUCCUGCUCUCUGCCCUUGUCAAUUUUACUUUUCCCAGAGAGUUGUGCAAAUGUGAGGACGAACAAGCCCAUGGAUAGAAAAAGGAGAGAUCAGGAAGGGCCAUCUGAGAAGACAAGUCAGUAUCACUGAGGAGACCAGGAGCAGACAUUAGGUAUUCGGGAGUCCAGAGUGUUUAAUUGUCAUCUAUACUCAGGCCAGAACAAGGAAAUGCUUACUUCCUGCAGCAUAACAUGCACGUAAAGACAAUACAAACAGAUAAAUGUAUAAUACUCAAAAAUUUCAACAAAUGAAUGACCGUAAUACUAUUGCAAAAAAAGUCUGUAGUGCAACCCAAGUCACAGUCCAUAGAAGAUCAUAGUGUGCAGUUCAAGAGGCUGAUGUUGUUGGGAUGAAGUUGUUCUUGAACCUGGAGGUCAAGGUUUUCAGGCUCCUGUACCUUCUUCCUGAUGGUAACAGCGAGAUGAGAGUGGCCAGGGUGGUGUGGGUCUCUGAUGAUGCUGGCUGCCUUGCUGAGGCAGCGCCUCCUGUAGAUCCCGUUGGCGGUGGGGAGGUCAGUACAGAUGGACCGGGCAGUGUUCAGCACUCUGUAGAUCCCAUUGGUUGUUAGCUGAGCACCGCAUCUCCAAGUUUGAGAUCAUGCCCUGAUUGUUAUCAGACAUGUUCAUACUUUUCAAUGUAACUUUUGAAAUGCCCCUGACACCAUAUUAACUUACUUUAAAAUGCAUUGUUUAAUCACGUGUUAAUAAUGAAACAAUCUUUGUGGGGUUUUGUCAAUCUUACACUGAAGGGGCAAUGGUGAAAGAAUUAUAGGUUAGGUCAGGGUCACUCUUCAUGAUGUCAAAACCCUGUUUAGCCGGUGAGAAUCUCCUGCUCCGACUGCAACGGGUAAAGUGCAUCAAAUUGACCAGUUCAUAGAUAGGAAAGCUUUAGAGGGAUAGAGGCCAAAGACAGGCAAAUAGAACAACUCCUCAGGUAGGUAAUUUGGUCGGCAUGGACGAGUUAGGCCAAAGGGAAUGUAUCGGUGCUACAUGAUUCAGACUCUAUUUUAGAGAUAAUUUACCUCUCUCCACAUUAGAGUCAGAGAGAAGUUUAUGAAAUAACGAGAGGCAGAGAUAGGGUAGAUAGAACAUUUUUCCCAGGGUGGAAAUGUCAAAGACUAGAGGGCGUAGCGAUUAGAUUAGAGGGGGUAAUUAAAGGUGAUAUGUGGGGCAGGUUUCUUUACACUGAGAGUGGUGGGUGCCUGGAACACGCUGACAAGGGUGGUGGUAGAAGCAGUUAUGAUAGUAGCAUUUAGGAGCCUUUUAAAUAGGCACAUGGAUAUGCUUGGACUGGAGAGAUGUGGAUUACGUGCAGGCAGAGGAGACUAGUUUAACCUGCCAUCAUGUUCAGCACAGACAUUGUGGGCUGAAGGGCCUGUUCCUUUGCUAUGUUUUCCCAUGUGCUCUACCUUUCUGGAAUGUGUUUGUUGGAAGAGUGUGGAAGGAGCUAUACUCUGUGUGUGAUGUGCAUGCUCUGGGAAUAUGUGAGGGGACAGUAGAUAGAGUGAGCUUUCCUUCAUGUCCAACCUGUUGUUUUUGGGGCGACAGGGAGUGAUUUUUCUAAAAUGACCCUGUCUGUCUUGUGGCAAGGGAUAUUAUAAAAUGAUGUUAUCAAAGUCAAGAAAGUUAAAUAAAGCUUAAAAUGUUA